GAGAGAUAGAGACUAGUUGUGGCAGAUGAAAAGAAAAUCAGAGAAAGGAUUCAAAAAGUUCGAGGAGGAAGUGGUUAGAUUUAUCAAGGGAUCCUUCUUGGAUUAGAAGUGAGAGUCUUAAAGGGUACUUGAGAAGUUUGAGGUGAAUUGGAUUGACUUUCAGUCAUGUUGAGGAGACGAAUAAAAAUAUUAGUAAGGUUGAGCUGAAGAGAUUUUGCGAUGGUAUUCAGGUUGACUUUACCAAAAACAUCAGAUUUGUAUCUGAUGAUCACAGUUAAUGUUUGAAUAUUAUAGAUUGCACACUGUGGCGUACACGGAGAAGCUAGUUGUUGAAUUUGCGGGAGUCUUCAACUGGCUUGCAAGUUGCAAGUCUUUUGUCCUUCAAUUCUCUUGCUUAUUAUAGUUAACACUUGAAGCUGCUAACAUCUAGGUGAAUGACUUGUAAAUUGUAAUAGAUGGGAUGUUUCGCUAAUAAUAUACUUAACUAGCUGCAGUAUAACUAUGGCUCACUGAGAGUUUGCUAGUUCAAAGUGUUCUGAGUAUCAUAAUUUAUCUGUAGCCUUAUUCUUGGUGGUACUAAAGAGUAAAAUGGAAGCAGGGACUUUAAGCAAUAAUCAUGCUCCUGGUUUUCUUCACCGGUCACUUCCUGCUGUUGUUCCUAUGCUUAUGAUUUCAAUAGGAUAUGUUGACCCUGGAAAGUGGGUGGCAAUUGUUGAAGGUGGUGCGCGGUUCGGGUUUGAUCUGAUGGGCUUCACACUUAUCUUCAAUUUUGCAGCUAUUUUCUGUCAGUACAUAUCAGCAAAGAUUGGUAUAAUCACAGGAAAAGAUCUUGCUCAGAUUUGCAGUGAUGAGUACGAUAAUUGGACAUGCAUGCUCCUUGGAGUUCAAACAGAACUUUCAGUGAUUAUGCUAGACCUUAACAUGAUAUUGGGUAUGGCACAUGGAUUAAAUACUCUUUUUGGAUGGGACUUGUUCACUUGUGUCUUUUUAACUGCUACUGGUGCUGUCUUCCAUCUACUUCUUAUUGUCCUCCUUGACUUUGAGAAGGCAAAGAUUCUAGGCCUGAUUGUGUCAGGUUUUGUAUUGCUUUCUUUUGUGCUUGGAAUACUCAUUAAUCAGCCAGAAAUUCCAUUAUCCAUUAAUGGAAUACUAACAAAGUUGAGUGGGGAAAGUGCAUUUGUUCUAAUGAGUCUUCUAGGAGCAAGUCUUGUGCCUCACAACUUUUACCUUCAUUCCUCUAUUGUAAAGUGGCAUCAGGGAUCAACAACCAUUUCUAAGGAUGCCUUGUGCCACAAUCAUUUUUUGGCCAUCAUAUGUAUCUUCAGUGGCCUUUAUUUGGUAAAUAAUGUGCUGAUGAAUGCUGCAGCAAAUGAGUUCUACAGUAUGGGUCUUAUUCUGGCUACUUUUCAGGAUGCAUUAUCGCCAAUGGAACAGGUGCUGCGUAGUCCAAUAGCUGGGCUUGCAUUUUUACUCAGUUUGUUUCUUUCAAAUCAAACCACAGCAUUAACUUGGAGUUUAGGCGGAGAAGUAGUUAUGCAUGGUUUCUUAAAAUUGGAUAUUCCAGGUUGGCUUCAUUAUGCUACAAUUAGAGUAAUUGCUGUUCUGCCUGCCCUUUAUUGUGUUUGGAGUUCCGGAGCUGAAGGGAUGUAUCAACUACUUAUAUUUACUCAGGUUGUGGUAGCUCUGCAACUUCCAUCUUCUGUGAUCCCCCUUUUUCGAAUUGCCUCAUCUAAAUCAAUAAUGGGUGAUUACAAGAUCUCUCAAUUUGUGGAAUUUUUGGCAUUGAUCAUAUUUAUUGGGAUGCUUGGCUUGAAUAUUGUCUUUGUUGUAGAAAUGAUAUUUGGCAGUAGUGAUUGGGUGAGCAAUUUGAGAUGGAGUGUGGGGAAUGGUUUGUCUCUCUCUUAUUUAGUUCUUCUUAGCAUUGCUUUUGCAUCAUUCUGUUCGAUGCUUUGUUUAGCUGCCACGCCUUUAAAAUCUGCAAGUGUCCAAUUAGAUGUUCAGUCAUGGAAAAGGGACAUGCCAGAGGCUGUACCAAAUCCACAGAUUGUUAGAGAGGAAUCAGAUUUAACUGAAACAAGGUAUCCUAGAGAUACAUCUGUUCAGGUGAAGGGACCAUCACCAGCUCUAGCAAGGAUGUUGGAGUACUCAGAUGUACCAGUUGCAAGUUUUCAUCCAGAUCUACCUCAAAAUAUCAUGGAGCCUGAUCUUCAUGUGACUCCUCUAAGGGGGAGUCAUUCAAUUACAUCAUUUCCUUGCUCCCCAACAUCUGUUGUUAAGGAAUCAGCUUCCACUUCAGAAUCAGAGGCAAUACCAGCUGUAAUUAAGGAGACUUCUGAUGCUAGAUUGGGAGAUGCCAAAACUUUAAAAAUAGAAACAAGCGCCGCUGUUGAGAACACUGUAGAACUUGAGGGAGAUUCAAAUGCCGAAAGGUAUGAUGAUGAUGGAGACUCGUGGGAAACUGAAGAAACAUCCAAAAUGGUCUCUGCAAGUGCCCCAUCUUCAGCAUCAGAUGGCCCAGCAUCAUUUAGGAGCCUUAGUGGGAAAAGUGAUGAUGUGGGGAAUAGCAUUGGAAGUCUUUCAAGAUUAGCAGGCUUAGGGCGUGGUGCAAGGCGUCAACUAGCUGUCAUUCUUAAUGAAUUCUGGGGACAACUUUAUGAUUUCUAUGGGCAAGUUACCCAGGAAGCUAAGGGUAAGAAGCUGGAUGUUUUACUGGGGGUAGAUUCAAGAGUUCCCACUUCUUUGCAGAAAGGGGAUGCAUGUGGAAAGGAAUAUUCUGAAUACUUAAUAUCUGUAGGAAGUAGAGCUCCUGAUACUUUAAUGAACUCUGGUCCAUAUGGCUCUCCCAAGCAGCAUAGGAUGCAGAGUAGCUUAGAGCCUUCCUAUGGGCUUCAAAGGAGUUCUUCCUCACUGCAGGCAAAUCCCAUCCAGUUAUUAGAUGAAUAUGUACAGACCUCCAGGCGCAAUCUCCUUGAUGCUGGUGAAAGGCGCUAUUCCAGUGUGCGCAAUCUGCAUUCAUCUGAAGCUUGGGCUUAUCAGCCAGCUAGUGUACCUGGUUAUCAAAUUUCAUCAUAUAUUAGCCAGGUUGGUAAAGACACAAAUUGUGAUAACUUAAAUGGUCCGAUGGAAUUGUCUCCAUUGAAACCUUCUUCCAUUGGUAAUACAAACUACAGGAAUUCUCUUGCAUUUGCUCUGGGGCAAAAGUUGCAGAAUGGUGUAAGUGUUGGCCAACCCCCAGGGUUCCAAAACAUUACUGUCUCUAAAAAUUGCCAAUUGCCAUCUGAGAGGUCCUAUUAUGAUUCUCGCUAUUCUGGACCUGCAGAUUAUGCAGUCAAUCCAGUUAAUACUAAGAAGUACCACAGCUCGCCAGACAUUUCAGGAUAUGCCAUCCCUCACAGGGAUGUUCACAUGUCUGAUAAAAGUGGUUUAUGGAUUGGUUCGGUUGGCUAUGGAUCUUCUGCAAGUAAGACUUGUUAUGAACCAUCGUUAUAUUCAAAUUCUGGAUCAAGGACCGGAGGUUUUUUAGCCUUUGAUGAACUCUCUCCAUCAGAAGUCUACACUUCUCGUUUGAGUUCAGGUUUUGGUUCGGGAUCCCUCUGGUCCAGACAGCCUUUUGAGCAGUUUGGGGUAGCUGAUAAAAUUCAUAAUGUUGCAACAGAAGAUGUUGAAAGUAGGUGUAGUGCAACCACUCAAGAAACUACAGUUGUGGAUAUAGACGGAAAACUUCUUCAAUCUUUUAGACAUUGUAUUUUGAAGCUAUUAAAAUUGGAAGGGUCUGAUUGGUUGUUUGGACAGAAUGAUGGGGCUGAUGAGGAUUUGAUUGAUCGCGUAGCUGCAAGGGAGAAAUUUGUUUAUGAAGUUGAAACCAGGGAGAUGAAUCGGGUCAAUCAUACAGGAAAUGCUCAUUAUUAUUCGUCUGAGGGGAAAUCCAGUUCUUCAAUGAAGAAUAAUGAUGUAAAUUGCUCUAGUUUUUUCGUGUCCUCAAUCCCUAACUGUGGGGAGGGAUGUGUAUGGAGAGCAGACUUAAUCAUUAGCUUUGGGGUGUGGUGUAUCCACCGUGUUCUUGACCUUGCACUUAUGGAGAGUCGACCAGAGCUAUGGGGGAAAUACACAUUUGUGCUCAAUCGCCUCCAGGGCGUCAUUGAACUGGCUUUUUCCAAGCCCCGUAGUCCCUUGGCCCCAUGCUUUUGCCUUGAAGUUCCCAUAUCACACAUGCAAAAGUCAAGCUCGCCUCCUUCCAAUGGGAUGCUGCCCCCUGCUGCAAAACCAGGCCGGGGAAAAUGUACAACUCAAUCAAUGGUGCUUGACCUGGUCAAGGAUGUGGAGAUUGCUAUCUCUAGCCGGAAAGGUCGUACAGGAACUGCAGCUGGUGAUGUAGCUUUCCCGAUGGGAAAGGAAAAUUUGGCAUCUGUUCUCAAACGUUACAAGCGUAGAUUAUCCAACAAACCAGUUGGCACUCAUUAAGGGAUUCGCAAGAUUCACACAACAGCACCAUAAAACUUGUAGCAUUUGGCCCUCAGUGUGCUUUAACAAAACCAAUGUUCCUUGGGCUGUUGUGUAAUGUGAAGCAGUUCAUGUUAUAGAUCAAGGACUGCUGUCUCCGUCUACCAAAUUCCUUGCAGCAUAUUUAUUUCCUUGUAUGUUUCAUACGCAUAGGGUUAGAAUUACUAUAUGUAAUUGCAACAAAAUCAAAGGAAAAAGAUGGUUAGAUGGAAACUGUCUUCUACAAUGUUGUUGGCUUAUUUUUCAUUACGCAUCAGGUGGGGGUAACAAAAAGAAAAAAAUUGUCGACAUGUUUUAAUUUGGGUGUUAUUAUGGCAAUUGGUUAUAGUGCGA